ACGUUUAUCAGGGUCAUUAUCUUUUCAGCUGUGGUUAAUAAAACCACCACGUUCUAUCAUAACUUCUGGAAUAUCCGUACCUUCGAAACGUGACGUUUACGGUUACGAUAUUAAUGAGGAUGGAAUUCUUAUUAAAAUUUUAACAUUCAAAGAUGAACCAACUUUCAUAUAUGAAAUUCCAAAGGGAGUAAUAACGAUUUCUACAAUAAUAUCAUAAUAUCAAAUGUAUAUACAAACUUUAUUUCAUUUUCUAUACGUAGGAAGAAAAUUUUGCUACUCUUAGAUAUAAAGGAAACUUUUGGAGUAGAAUGACUGGAAGGGAAGAGAAAAGACCCUUCGUAACGCCAGGACCAGGGGACUACGAACAUGAAACAAAAAAGACUCUUACACAAAUUUACGAUGAAAAGUUUAGGGAAAUAAAAAGGGCUACGUCAAGACAACCACGAUACCUCGAAGCGAUGUUCAGACGAAAAUUACGAGAAGGAUUACCAGGACCAAAUCAUUAUGAUCCACCUAAAAGUACCUUUGACAAAUAUAAAAAAAUUAAUUGUAAAUGCAACAAAUAUACCAUAGAAUCUCCACCUUUCAAUCAAACUGCUGAGAGAUUCGAACAUACAAAAUCUAUAGAUAUUCCUGGUCCAGGAACGUACGAUAGCAAAAGUCCAAAAAAUUGUUUUACUCAUUUACGUAGAGCACCAUUUGGAAGUCUCAUUUCUCGCUUAAGAAAGGAUACUGACAAUUCGAGUCCAGAACCUGGUAGAUAUCACAUAGUAGCAGGAAAUAUUUCUUAUGAAUCCAUAAAACGUCUCAAAUAUCAUUACAAAAGGCCAACACCUUAUUCAUUUCCGAAAAAUAUUGUGACUCCUUAUAAUAAAAAAGAACUAAUUGAAGAGAGACAAGAAGUAAAGCAUGAGAACUUUAAAAAAAGUUACGAGUAUCAUGCUGUUUUUAAAUCAAGGACAGAAAGAUUUCGUAAGAUCCUUAAAGGGAUCGAUGCGCCGGAUCCUGGAGCUUACGAAGUUUUAACCUCCUUCAAGGCUAAUCGUGAUCGAUGCGACUUCCUUUGCCGACGUUUGGCUCCACCUUUCCUUUCGAGGGCUCGUCGUGUUCUCGAGAUUACCAAAGGAAUCGAUAUGACAGUUCCAGCUCCGACACAUUAUACCAUCUCGUAUGACAUAUCAAAAGGAAUCAAGGGAGGUGUGAUACCGUAUUCACAUCGUGAUAAGGAGAAGAAAAAGAAGAUACCUGGUCCCCAGGAGUAUUGUAUAAAUCCUUAUAUCGAUUCCUCCGUGCUAAAGAAAUCUUUCAAUGUUACUUUGGGUAAAACUAAAUUAAUUGGAGAGAAGAAAAAAGUGAAAAAUCGUUUACACCCUUGUUCGUCGAAGAAAACUCUCAGAUGGUUCACCACGCCUAUCGAGGAUUAUCGACAUUGUUCUGUAACGUGUUUGACAAUGCCGUGA